UCUGGGCAGAAUCGGAGUCCGUGAAAGAUUCCGCAACUUGGACCUCGAGAUUUAAAGGACUUUUGUGAAUCCAGGGGGUUUAUUCGCGGUCACCCUUCGUUUGGGUGAAGAUGGGCGAGCUUCGGUCAUGGACAAUCAUCGACAGGACGAUCGUCAGCGGCGACUUGAGAUGUGCCAAUUGGACGGAACGCGGUCGAGGAUUUAUCGUGCGCUCGUCAUGUCGAACUCGGGCGCUGGAGUUGGGACGAGAGUGGGCGCGGACGUGGGACUCUCGAUUCCACUGAUCGACGAUGAGGCUCGUCAGACGGCUGAAGCUUCUGUUGUGCGGUGAUGGAAAAUUCUUGUACUGGAAUGGGUUCGUCGACAAGGCGACGGCGGCGUUGCGGGCCGCGCUGGGGAUUUUGAUGAUCGCUGCCGUGGUGGAUUACGUGCCGGAUCAUGAUCUCAAGGUGUACUGCGCCUCGUUCACCACAUUCGCGCCGAUGAUCGCUGCCAACGCUGGCGAGUCGUCGCUGGGCAAGGUGCUGCAGAACAUCGUGGCCGUGUUCGAGACCUCGGUGAUCACCAUGUGCGUCACGAUGCUCGUCCUCCGAUUCAUCGUCCCCCCGUUCCAUUUGGGCGUGACGGUGAUUUGCAUCGGAGUCAGCUCCUUCGCCAUCGCCUACCCGACUCGCAUCUCCGUCUUGGGCAAGAAGGUCGGCCUCGCUCAGAUCGUCAUCACGUUCGUCUCCGCCCACCUGAACCCCGAUCUCGACGUCGUCCACAUGCCCGUCAAGUACCUGUCGUCCAUCACCGUGGGAUCUGCUGCCGCACUGGUCGCGUACUCCUUUCCCGCUCCCCGGCUCGGCGUCGUCCAGGUCCAACGGAGCGCGAAUUCGGCGGUGCGUUGCCUCACGGAGCUCUUCAAGACAGUCACGUGCGGAUUUUCCACGAACGAUCCCAACUCAAUGUACUCCGUGAGCGUGCACACGCGAGCUCUGCGCAAGUCUGCCAACGAUGUGGUCAAGCAGCUCCACUCCAUCCAGGCGGAUCUCUGGUGGGAGCUGAGGGCUUGCUGCUCGAUGCCAGCGCUCAACAAUUUGAUCGACGGAUUGAGUAGAUUGAACUUGCACAUCGCGGGCAUGGAGUAUUCGCUCCAGUCGGACCAUUUGCUACGAAGCCCUCCGACGCUGCGAGACACGAUGAAGGAGUCGCUCUUGGUGCUGGCCGAGGAGAACAGCCACUUGCUGGCCAGGGCAACGGGGGUGACGGUUUUCUCCCACUGGUGCCUCAAUUCCCAGGAGCCCGCUCGGAUCGAGGACGGCAAGGAGGCGCUGUUUUUGUUCGAGGAGACUUUCAUGUACGCCAGGAAGAAAGCCUUCUACACGUCGGACGAGCCCACCAUGGUCGACAACAUCUUGAGCGGAGCUUGCGUCCUCGACGGGCUGCCCAUGCGAGGGAUGGCGAACUCUCGCUGCAGCAGCACCGACACCGACGACAUCCCCUCGUCCUCGAAGGGCAGAUUCAUGGCCAGAGCCACCACCUACUUCUUCCUGUUCAAUGUCAAGCUGUACACCGAGCAGGCUAUGCAGCUGGUGGAUCCUUUCUACAGGCCUGUUCGUGAGCACAAGGCUCCCGGUCUGAAGAAGUGGAUUCCCGGGCUCGAGCAGCGCUUGAGCCUCGCUAAUGCUGCUGCUGCUUCUGCGGAUUCUUCGAGAGCUACGGAAAGCUCUGGAUCCGGAUCAGCAGCAGCAGCAGCAGAGAUGGCUCACGGUCGAGCCCCUGCAGCAGCACAAAUCGGGUGCAACCUGUGCACUCAGGUCCGGGUGCGCAAGGAUUUGGAGUCGGGCUUCUCAUUCAGGUUCUACCGAGCAUUCAGAUCGUGCAUACAGCCAAACACGAAGCAGAUGAAGGGAGCUCUGAAGAUCUCCAUCGCCUUGAUGCUGGCGACCGUCUUCGGAGCCUUGGACCUCAAGGGAGACUCGCACCAGGUCUGGGCGGCCACCACCGUGUGCUACAUCAUCGGCUACCACCAGGGAGGCGCAUUCCGGAUCGCUCUGCAGCGAUUCCAGGGCACGACCAUCGGAGCGAUUUUUGGGUACCUGGCCAUCCGAGGCUCGGGCUCGCAGGGCUUCGUUAUCAUGAUCGUCAUCACCCUGUGGACCGUGUGCACCAACAUCGUCAAGCACAGCAAAAUGCAUGGCUACUCUGGCGGCUGUGCUGGGUCUACGGCCGUGGGCAUGAUGCUGGGAGAUCCACCGGAAGAUAUUCAAACCUACGCCGUGCAGAAGAUCACUCAAACCUUCAUCGGAGUGCUGAGCUACGUGCUGGUGGAGCUCUUGGUGUUCCCGGACCGAGCCAGGAAUUUGGUCAAGACAGAGCUGGUGCAUAACAUCGUGCGCUUGAGAGAUGCCGUGGCCGAGGUCGUGGACAUGUACACGGGAGCCAGAGCCGGAUGCUUGGAGUGCCGCCACCGACGAGUGGACGAGAUAACGAAGCUGGAAAGGCACCUGAGGAAGGAUUUGGAUCACCAGACUCACUUGCAGGAGGAAGCUGGCCUCGAGCCCGAUCUGUGGUGGGUUCCUUUCCCCGGAGACGUGUACUCGAAGAUCGCUGCCAUCCAAGGCCGCAUGCUGGACCUGCUCGUCUUCAUGCUCUGCUGUCUGCAGGCCUCGUCGGACGAGGAGUACGAUGACCAUAUGCAGAUGCUGCUGGAACCGCUGCAGAUCUCGCUCACGAUGUUGAAGGACGAGGUGGCCAGCACCUUGAAUCUUCUGCACAAAUUGCUCGACGAUCACAGCAGAAAGCGUCCGGGAAUGUUGGAGAGGAACUGCUGCUGCUGCAGAGUUUCUGUCACCUUCCAAACGGCCGAUGAUUUGGAGAGCUCGCUUAGCACUUCCGAGCCCUCGGAGCCGACCAUGCAUCCGAUCCGGGUGCUCGACAAUCGCCGAAGGACCGUCGAGGGAACUCCUCUGACUCUCAAGUCCAGCAUGGAGAGCUUCGAGCAUGUGUACGAGAGCGUGUUCGAGGAAAUCAUCGCGGACAGCAAGAAACAAGGCGGCCGGAUCGUGAACAACUCCGUCAUGCUGUCCAUCAGCUCGCUCAGCUUCUGCUUGCAUGCUCUGCUGCGAGAAACCGUCGAGCUAGAGAAGGCCGUCUACAAUCUGCUUCAGGCCGAGCAGCCCUGGAGCGUUCUGGACUUCUGGGACGCUUAUGCCCCCAACCGAUUUUGGCACCGAGAUUCUUCUAACCAGCGGCCCGAAUGACAUGCACUUCAGCUGACUCCGUCAUCUGAUUAGCUCUGUCGAGUUCAGGGGCUUGGCAUCCGGUACCCGAGCUCUAGGUUCUGCGAGAGACAGGCGAAGUUGCAGAUGCGAAGUUAAUGGUUGCCAUUGAGGACGACAAGUCAACGCCAUCUUUAGUGGUUUAACCCGAAUUGUGAGCAUGUGUAGUGAAUAUAAUGGUGAGUUUAUUUGAUAUGUUCAUGUUUACAGGCUGAGAUUAAGGCGCAUGCAUUUUUAAUCAUCGAAGAGUGUUGAAGGCCCAAAAGCAAAAACAGAGUACUUCA